AUGAGAAUGGCUCCCUAUCAAAUCUGUCUGCUAGUUGGCACGACGAUGCUACUGCAAGCCGUUGCUCAGAACCCCGACGAUCAAUGCAUGGCAAAGUUUACUAAAGGAAAAGAAGAUUUUAUUUUGCACACAAAUUCCUCUGUAAAUGCGGGUGCAACGUUUCUCACAUCUGCAUCAGUCACUCAAGAGAAAGACUGCAUAACUGCCUGCUGCAACAGACCCAACUGUAAUCUAGCUUUAAUGGAGAAUGGUGCUCAGCCGGGAACCAUUAAAUCCUGCCUCCUCUUCAAUUGUUUAUACAAGCAGAAGAAUGUAUGCCGCUUUGUCCAGAAAAAGGGAUUUAACAACUACCUUCUAACAACUGAUUUCAAGAAUAUUCUGGAUGAUUCCAUUCCAAGUGAGGAGGUGGACGACCCUCCUACGGCACACGCAGGACUGGAUAAAGUGGUGCAGCCUCAUGAGACGGUGAUGCUCAAUGGCGUGGAGAGCAAAGAUGACUAUGGAAUUGUGGAUUUCAAGUGGGAGUUGGUGUCUGGAAAAUCAACAAUUGUCAUGGAGAAAACCAAUUACCCAGAUCAAGUGAUGGUUUCCAACCUGUCUCCUGGUGUGUAUAGAUUCAGACUAACCGUCAAGGACAACUCUAGCCAUUCUGAUUCAGCAGAGGUCAUCGUCUUGGUUCUCACACCUGAGCAAUCACAUCACCACUGUCUAGUGCCCAAGAAGGAGGGACCUUGUCGGGGUUCCUUCGCUCGCUGGCACUACAAUGCGGCAUCAGAGAAGUGCGAAAAGUUCAACUAUGGGGGCUGCAAAGAAAACCGAAACAACUACCUGACUCUGGAGGAUUGCAAUAAAGCCUGUGACAAGGUUUCAGUUAACACCUUUCCUGGAUCAGGAAGACUUGGUCCAAUUGGUUCUCCCAAUCAGGAGUGUGGAGCCCCCUGUGGACCAGAACAGUUCACCUGUGCUAAUAAAUGUUGCAUAGACAAAGAGCUUGAAUGUGACUCUGAGAAGCAGUGCAGUGAUGGCUCUGAUGAAGAGCCGUGUGAAAACCUGUACCCACAGUUUAAUGACUUGAUUAACCAGAAUUCGGAUGUGAAGAAAGAUGCUGCAGCUAUCCGUUGCACACAACCUCCAGUUACAGGCCCUUGCCGUGCCAGCAUGACGUAUUGGUAUUACAACCCAUAUCAACAGCAGUGCUCCCGCUUCAAUUAUGGGGGCUGUGACGGCAAUGAUAACCGCUUUGAGAAAAAUGAUGAAUGCGUUAAAUUUUGUAAAGGAGUGAGUGAGAAAGACGCCUUCGGCAGACGAGGAUACUAUGAAAGGGUUACUGACGAGAAUGAGUCAAUUUCCAUUGCCAUAGCUGUGGCACUGGGCGUGGCCAUUCUCAUCACGUUGAUUCUGAUUGGCUACUGCCUCCUGAAAAGAAAGAAGCAGCGGCAGCCGAGGCGCCAGUACGUCGCUGCAAACUCGCACAUGGUGCCUGUAGACGAUACGGAGAAACUCGUCUACAACAGCACCACCAAACCCAUCUGAUCCCCGUCACAUUUGUUCUGUUACAGCAGUGGUUCUCAAUUCCAGCAUUGUGUCAUGAUUUGAAUCAGGUGUGUUAACAGCAGAGUAGUCAGGGGAGCACGUUGAUCUGGAAUAGGGAACCACUGCACUUCAGUGAGGUUUAAUGUUUUGUCUGCACCAACACCAUUGAUGUAGCCUGUUAGCCAAUUACUGAGCCUUUCGGCACAUGAAUUAAAUGUGUUGGUGUACAAAAACAUACACACCAGGACUGAGACUGCAAAACUACCACUAAACUAUCGCACCUCACUCACAGACACUUUAAGAUAAUCUGUGGAAAUGUUUUAUUGAUAAUGUUUUAUUUUAAUAGG